AUGGAUAUAAAAUCAAUAGUUGGACAAUUAAAACAACCAUAUUAUAUAUUGAAUUUUAGUAUUGUUUUUAGUUUCAUCUUACUGCGAUGUCUAGGUGUUGUAGAGAGAUCAUCAAGUGAACGUCUGACAAUCUACUAUACAUUGUUUGCCAUUCUUAUAAAGACUGUUAAAUCUCGUGUCAUCAAGAGUGUAGACUUUGUUCUAACAUCUGCACUCUUCAUUAUAAAACUAUCGAUUCUAUAUUUAUUAUAUGCAGUUGACAACUAUUAUCUUUUUAUCACUUAUUUAUUAUCUUUUAUAGUUUCAUAUAUUCUUUAUUCACAGCCGGUUUAUCAAAUACCAUCUUCUUCAGAUUUAAAAGUUACUUAUUUCAAUCCAAUUACACUGUCAAAUACAUUGUCAAAUCAUUCAGUAAAAGAUGAUGGUGAUAAGGAUGAUAAUCAAUAUUUAAUAGUUACAUUCUUUGCAUUAUGGUCACCUGUUUGUACAUAUUUAGCUCCAACAUUCAUUUCAUUGGCUAAUAAAUAUGGAAAUGAUAGAAUUCAAUUUGGAAAAGUGGAUAUUGGUCGUUGGAAACCACUGACUCUGAAGCACAACAUCGAUGACUCUGUUAAAAGCAAUCAGAUACCAACUAUCAUCCUCUUCAAAAAUGGUGUAGAACACAAAAGAAUACCAACCAUCGACAAAUCAACUGCUUUCACUCUGAAAGAGAAUGAACUGAUCGACUAUUUCAAUCUUGAUCAACUUCAAACUGAAACAAAGCAAUCAAGGAAAAAACCAUCAUCAACAAAAUCAAUAACCUACUCAAAGAGUUCCAAAAAUAAAAAAGAUUAA